UAUGCAUACGAGAGGUACCACGGGGAUGCAUGCCCGUUCUACCUGGUGAGGCCGGAUGGGCAUGUGGCCAUGAGGGCUGACCACUGGCAGCCGGGCCGGGCGCAGGCGUACUUUGAUGGGAUCAGGGGAAGCUGCGGGAAGGCUGGGGUGGGUAGAGGGGUGGCGUGGAUGAGGGCAACGGGUUGGGUGUUUGGUGCGGUUGGAUGGGCUGGCCAUGGGUAGGCAGGCUGGGCGCAGGCGUAUUGUGAUGCGAUCAGAGGAAGACGAGGAAAGGCUGGGGGUGGGUAGAGGGGUGGUUUGGAUGAGAGUACGGUGGGUGGGUGUGUGGUGCGGUUGGAUUCUUGCAUGUGGCAAUGAGGGCUGGCCACUGGUGGCCAGACUGGGCACAGCGCAGGUAUAUUGUGAUGGGAUGAGAGGGAGAAGAGGCAAGGCUGGAGGGGGAUAGAGAGGUGGCAUUGACAUGUUGCACUGGAUCGGAUCAGUCAUCGGAGGCAGCUGGUCGGUCCGACUGACCAGCUGCCCAUUGUAUCUUUCUAAGAACUGACCAGUGGCAGCUGGGCGGGGCACAGGCGUACUUUGAUGGGGUGAGAGGGAGAUGAGGCGGCAUAGGCUGUGCAGAGCUGGAAGAUGAUGCCGUGAUGGGGUGCGAGUGGUGUGUGCCUGGGAGGGCUGAGCGCUGUAGCCAGGUAGAGCAUACUUCGGUGGAUCAAGAUGAGGAUCUGGCAUAGCUGGCAGUGGGUAGAGAAGUCGCAAUGGCUUUGCCAGUUGAGCAUACACAUCAAAAGCGUUGUAUCAUAUGUACAUAGGGA